GUACCCUGAUAGACGACUUAAUGGCAACUCAGUUCCUUCCAAUCCAAGUAUGGCGAUCGUGCCGGUCCAACAGCCGCUCAUGACUGUACCUCAAGAUGGGAACUCAAACAAUACACAGGCGUCGGAUGGCCAGUACCAUGGACAGUAUCAAGGUGGUAACUAUCAAGAGAACGGAUGGCUACGGAAUCGUGUGUUCGCGCUAGAAGGGCAGGUUGCUGAGAUGAAGACUCGGCAUGAUGCUGAGAUGGCGCGAGAAAGAAAAAAGAAGGAUAAAGAAGACUUUCAUAUGGCUAUUAGUGAGAAGAUGACGAGCAAGCUUGACUUUAUGUGUGAAAUAUUGUUAUGCAAGAAGGGGAAGGAGGCGGAUGAGGGUGUAUCGAAACUCCGAGAAGGGAUUGGGGAACUGAACAGACGUAUACAAGAGUGUGUUGGCCCCUCGAGUACGGCGCAAGCUACGAUGGAACUCGAGGCGAUGGGACACCUUCGGAAGGAACAGGAGGAGAGGUCGAUGUUGGAGAAAAGACUCUCAACUUUGGAGAAAGAGACUUCUGAACUUUGCAAGCUCAUGGAUGUGGCACAAAAACAAGCAGAGUUGUGGAAAGAAGAAGCACUACGGCCUGGAAACAAACGCACCUGUCGUGGUAUGGCUGCAACUACUAGCCCCUACCAACACAUUCGCGAGACCCCGAAGAAGCCAACACAAGUGACGAUGGUGAGAGAUGAAUAUCUCGGAUGGGUUGUGAAAAGACACGCGCUUGAAGUGACAGCGUUGAGAGAGUCAAGGGCACGUGAGUUGAAUGGACGACGAGAAGUCAAGCAGGAGUUAGAGAGGGAAGAAUUGGCGAAUCGACGUGCGGCUCUGGCAUUCGACAAGGGUCGUGCUGGAGAAACGAAGGGAAAAGGAGUUGUUAUUGAGGAUAGCGAUAAUACUUCAGGCGGCAACGAUGAAGAAGGCCUCAACGAUGUCGGGGGUGAUGUCGGAUCUUCGUAGUGUCUUCCCCGAAUGCGGUUGUGCUUUGGAAGUUCGCGCGCCAAUGUUUUAGCAUUCGCUGAUCUACUACGGUGUAAAGUUCUCAACAC